UAUUAUUUGCAAGAAAAACAAACAAAAAUAAAACAAACUGCAAAACGGAUUUUCCAUCAUAUUCUUUAAUCAUUCUCGUUUGUUUCUCUGCAAAGAUUCUGUUCUUCGCUUCUUCCGAAGCUCCACUCCCGUCCUUCCUUCCGAUCCCACUAAGGUUCCUGGAAUAGUAGUUACACGAUGAAAAUGCCUCUAGAGCUAUAUCAGGAAGAUAACGUAAACAGGGAUGUCCAGUCUUACGAGUCUGUUACCUAUGAUGGUGUGGAGUACUGUCUCCAUGAUUGUGUAAUCUUUUAUCAAGCUGGAGAAGCUGAAACCUAUAUAGGUAAAAUUGUUAAGAUUAUUGACACAACUGACUGCGGGAAACAAUUGGAGGUUGUAUGGUUCUUUCGGCCAUCAGAAAUCCGAAAUUAUCUCGGAGAUUAUGAGCCUCAGUGGAAUGAGAUAUUCCUAGCUUCUUGUGAGGGUGAAGGCCUCUCAAACACCAACUUUCUGGAAGCAGCUCAGGGGAAAUGCUCUGUUGUAUGCAUUUCAAAGGACCAAAGAAAUCCUCUUCCAUCAAAAGCUGAACUGAGAUCUGCUGAUUACAUAUUUUCUUGUACAUUUGAUGUUGGAAAAUUAACAAUUUCCAGAAAAUUCCCUAAUGAAAUUCAUGGGUUCAGAGUGGAGAACUUUUUCAACAAAAGGAAGGAUAGAGAUCUCACUCUCUCUCCUAUUCGCAAACCAAGCUUGAAUUAUCCAACUGGAAUGUUAGAUAGAGAAGUUGAUGCUGUAACAGAUGAUCAGAAAUAUGAUGAUAAGCAUACGGUGAAAGAAGAGUGGGUUCGUCCAACUUCUCCAAUCAAAGUGAGAUGUUUAGGAAAUGAGAAUGUCGCAUUGAAGUUCAAAUCAAUCUCAGAUGAUAAAGUACAGGAAAGAAUCUCGUCUGGAAAACCAAAGGAAAAGGAUAAAGAGAAAUUCUCAUCGCACUUUUCAGCUUCAAGUCCUGUCAAACAGAAGUCAAAAAAGAAGGUAAGGUUCUCGGAUGAGGUCAAUGUUGCAGUAACCCAAACUAGAGAUCAAGUGCCGCUGGAGCCUCCCCAAUUAAAUUUUCCAAAGGAUAAGGGCAAGAAUUCCAAUGAAGCUUCUUCUCUAGUGGAACAGGAUCAGGCAACAAAAACAGACAAUAAUGCAGAUGGAGGGCAUUGGUUCAAGAGAUUUGUGACUCCUUGGAGGGAAAGACUACAAAAAGCUCAGGAGCGGGGCACCCUGGUCUUAUUAGACAAUCUGGACCCUACUUAUUCAUCAUGUGAAGUAGAGCUCAAAUUUCCUGACGUUGCUCAGGAGAUAGUCCGUUCUGCGUUCAAUGAAAGAGUUGAAGCGAAGAUGGUAACACAAACUCCUUUUUCUUGUCCGCUAUAUGGUAAAGCUUUUGUGAUAUUCAAGUCGAAGUAUGCAGCCACUGCUGUGAUAAACAAGUUAAAUAGGAGCUGCCUUAUGUUAACAGAUCAAAGACCUGUUCUUGGUUGCGUCGGAUCUCUGAGGAAGUCUGAUGAUUCAAAACUAUUCAUUGGCCACUACAAAAUCAAGCCAAAAAGGCUAACAGAAGAUGCGAGGAGCGCGGUGGCGACCUCACAUUGCUCCCAGGAAAACACGAUCGAGUACAGUAUGGGCAUGGAGUGGCGUACCCUGCAGGAGAAAACGGAGAGAUGGUGGAAGCAACUACAUGAGGUAAUAAACAAGCGAAGGAGAUGAUGGAACUCAAGAAGCAGCUGCGGAUCCAAACCUGAUAGUUGUAUGGAACAUCAGUCCCAUAACCAGGCGAAAGAGUUCUUUAAGAUUCUAGUGUUUUAUUUAUUUUUUUGGGGGGUUAAUACUCUUUAAGAUUCUAGUUUUGGUGUCCUGGAUAGGUUGUCCCUUUAGGUUUCGCCUUAUAGAUUUUUGUAGGCAUAUAACAUACAUGGGUGCUCCACACAGGAAGUUAGCGGGUCACCCUUUACCGAGGAAGAAAGCUAAUACCUUCUUUCUCGAAUGGAAACGAUUUGGAUUAGAUUUCACUGUAUAUAGAAAGCAAGCGAUUCGGAUUCGAUUUCACUGUAUGUUUGAAAGAUUUCGCAUAUGUUGUGCUGGGUUCAGAUAUCAUGUCAAUCUUAGUUUUUGCUGUUUUAUGUGGAAGGAUAUAACUUAAAGAGAUCAACCCUUGGCUUCAAAUAAGCCUUUUCUUUGA